GCAAAUGCGGACGGAAGCCGGAAGGGGCGUGGCAAAGGUGGGAGGAGGAAGCAGGAAGGGGCGUGGCGUGGCGGCCCUGGAGGUGGCGAGCCCCUUCGGUGUGCUAUUCGCCUUGGAACAUGUCGGAGGGAGUGGACCUGAUUGAUAUCUACGCUGACGAAGAGUUUAACCAGGACUCCGAGUUCAGUAAUGCUGACCAGAUGGACCUGUAUGAUGAUGUGCUGACUGCCAGCUCACAGCCCCCCGAAAGCCGCACCAGCAGCUUGGAGCCAACCCCUGAGAUCCGCCAGGAGCCUCCCCCCAAACUCAACAGCAAAGCCCCUGCCAUCCUGUAUACCUACAGCGGGCUGCGCAACAAGAGGGCAGCUGUCUAUGUGGGCAGCUUCUCCUGGUGGACAACCGACCAGCAGCUGAUCCAGACCAUCCGUUCAGUAGGUGUAUAUGAUGUGGUGGAGCUGAAGUUUGCGGAGAACCGAGCCAAUGGCCAGUCGAAAGGGUACGCGGAGGUGGUGGUGGCCUCUGAGAACUCAGUCCACAAGCUGCUGGAGCUCCUGCCUGGCAAAGUGCUCAAUGGGGACAAGGUGGAGGUGAGGCUGGCCACCCGGCAGAACCUGUCCCAGUUCGAGGCUCAGGCUCGCAAACGCGUGCCGCCGAGGGCCCACUCACGGGACUCCUCUGACUCGCUGGAUGGCCAUGCCACACCAACGGAGAAUGCACUGCCGCCCAGCCGCCUGGAGAAGCCCCCUUCCAUCCUGCCCUUCUUCAACCGCCCCCCCGCUGCACUGCCCCUCAUGGGGCUGCCUCCACCACCCAUGCCCCCU